GUGGAUUGUGUUUGUGUUUCUGGAAACCAAAAAAAAAAAAAAAAUGGGGAGGAUGGUAAGGAGCUGCGUACAAUCGAUACUGAAGUUGGUAAAUUCUGUAAUUGGGAUGGUGGGAUUAGCCAUGGUUUUGUACGCCGUGUGGCUGAUUAGGGUUUGGCAGAGGCAGAUGGACGAGUUUCCCUUUGGGGAUUCUGAUUAUCCACCUCCAUGGUUCAUUUACACCUUUCUUGGUCUUGGGAUCACUCUGUGUGUGAUAACAUGCUCAGGCCAUAUUGCCGCAGACACCAUAAAUGGCUGUUGCCUUUAUUUGUAUAUGUUUUUCGUUUUUUUGCUCCUCAUGCUGGAAGCUGCAGUGACUGCAGAUGUAUUUCUAAACCGUGACUGGGAGGAGGACUUUCCAGAAGAUCCAUCGGGGAGUUUUGAUCAGUUCAAAGAUUUUUUUAGGUCAAACUUCCACAUCUGCAAAUUGAUAGGCUUGUCAAUUGUAACUGUACAGGGACUAGCCUUCUUGUUAGCAAUGAUACUGAAGGCUCUUGGGCCGCAUCAAUAUUACGACAGUGACGAUGAUUACCCUCCUGAAAGGGCUCCACUUUUGCAAAACGCUGUUCAGCCACCUCCAUAUCUUGCUGAAGAUCAUGUUUAUGGGUCCAAGCCUGAUGCAUGGAAUAUCAGGAUCAAUGACAAGACAAACAGGUAAAUGGAUUUGAACUACUCAGGAGCCAACAUGUGAAUGCAAGGACAGGAAGCUUAGGGACAAAGUUGCUAGAAAUGUCUUCAAAUCAAGAGUUGGAUGUCAGAAGUUGACUGGGAAGACCACAAAGGAGGGUUGGAUGAAUGAUGAAAACGCGUACAUACUGUCACCCCAUCAAAUGUUAAAACCAUUCUUUCAUAUCAUGUAAUUAUUUUGUUUCA